AUAAUUCUAGCCGUCUGGGAGGGGUGGUGCUGAUGCUGGCUAGCUGGAAUAGUUGCAGACCAUUGCAGACCCAUCGCGGGUGUUACAAAGGAUGAAAUGCAUGUUGGGUAAUCAGAGGUUAUCUUCUCGGAGUGUGUUCGAGAUUGUCUUCCUCGAAUAAAUAAACAGAAGCGCUAUUUGUCAGCAGUAGUUAACGCAACGCUGUACAGGAAGCUGCGAGGCGGGGUGCUGCAUGCGAUUUGGCUGAUAGGAGGGGGCUCAGCUAUGGCAUCCUGAAAACAAGAGUCAUCAAAGAAUUGACCCAAAUCUGUCAGCACAGGAAGGAAAAACUAAACUGAUACAAUAUUGUAGGGAAGGAAACGCGGGAGGAAUGGAUAAGCAAUCGAGUGCUGGCUCGGAGAGCCCAGCGCAACCGCCAGUCCCCAGCAGAAAACCAACUCGGACUCUGGGAGGAAAUACCGGAUCGAGACAAGCGAGCGUGGAAACAUUGGACAGCCCCACGGGCUCACACGUGGAAUGGUGCAAACAGCUCAUAGCCGCAACGCUGAACAGCCAGGUGUCUGCAGGCCUUCCACCCGAGGUUCCCUCACGAGAUUUAAAGGUUGGAAGAAGAAAAGAUCUCAGGGUAUCCAGGAGGCCCAAUCUAAGGGACUCGUGUGAGGGAGGGCAGGGCUCUCAGUAUGACAGCGACUCUGAGCUCAACUCCCACUCCAUGGUGUUUGGACACCAACCCGUCGUUCAGAUGGACGAGGUCCCACUGGUCCCUGGAGAGACCAUCAGAGCCACAGCGAAGGAUGUGAUGUACAUCUGCCCCUUCAGUGGAGCACUGAAUGGCACGCUGACCGUCACAGACUACAAGCUGUACUUUGUCAGUCUGGAGCGGGAGCCAUACUUCCUGAUGGAUGUGAACCUAGGGGCCAUCAGCCGUCUGGAGACCAUCAGUGUGCAAAGCAAUGGAGAGAACACAUGCGGCAUGGAAAUUGUCUGCAAGGACAUGCGCAGCCCCAGGUUUGCCUUCAAGAAGGAGGAGCAGAGUAAUGUGGAUGUCAUGGAGAUGCUGACUAAGCAUGCGUUCCCCCUCUCGCAUGAUCUGUCCCUUUUCGCCUUUCAGUUUAAGGAGGAGUAUCCGAUGGAUGGGUGGAAGGUGUAUGACCCCGUGGCAGAAUACAAGAGACAGGGUCUCCCCAAUGAGAGCUGGACCAUCAGCAAGCUGAACAGCAACUAUGAGGUGUGUGACACCUACCCUGCUCUGCUCGUCAUCCCCAACAACAUCGACGAGGACGACAUCAGGAGAGUGGCCUCCUUUAGAGCCAAGCACCGCAUACCGGUCCUCUCCUGGAUCCACCCGGAGACCCAGGCCACCAUAGUGCGCUGCAGCCAGCCGCUGGUCGGCCCCUCUGACCACCGCUGCAAGGAGGACGAGCGCUACCUGCAGACCAUCAUGGACGCCAACGCCCAGUCGCACAAGCUCACCAUCUUCGAUGCCCGUCAGAGUAGCGUGGCCGACACCAACAAGGCUAAGGACGGAGGUUAUGAGAGUGAGAACUUCUAUCCCAACGUGGAGUUGAACUUUCUGGACAUCCCCAACAUUCACGUCAUGCGCGAGUCCCUCAGGAAGCUGAAGGAGGUGGUCUAUCCCACCAUCGAUGACCAGCACUGGCUCUCCACUAUCGACGGCACUCACUGGCUGGAGUACAUCAGGCUCCUGCUGGCAGGUGCGGUGCGUAUUGCGGAUAAGCUGGAGUCGGGGAAGUCGUCGGUGGUGGUGCACUGCAGCGACGGCUGGGACCGCACGGCCCAGCUCACCUCCCUGGCCAUGCUGAUGCUGGACAGCCACUACCGCACCCUCAGGGGCUUCCAGGUGCUGCUGGAGAAGGAGUGGAUCGGCUUCGGACACAAGUUUGCCUCGCGUGUGGGUCAUGGAGAUGAGAACCAUGCUAAUUCGGAGCGCUCCCCUCUCUUCGUGCAGUUCAUUGACUGUGUGUGGCAGAUCAUGAGACAGUUCCCUGCUGCCUUCGAGUUCAAUGAGCUCUUCCUCAUCACCAUCCUGGACCACCUCUACAGUUGCCUAUUUGGUACAUUCUUCUGCAACAGCGAGAAGGAGAGAGUUGAGCAGGAGGUGCAGAGUAAGACGGUGUCUCUGUGGUCCUACAUCAACAGCCAGGCGGAAGACUUCACCAACCCCUUCUACGUGGACUACCAGCACCACGUGCUCUACCCACUGGCCAGCCUCCGGCACCUGGAGCUAUGGGUCAGCUACUAUGUUCGCUGGAACCCCCGCAUGAGGCCACAGAUGCCGGUGCACGAGAACCUGAAGGAGCUGCUGUUCCUGCGUGCGGAGCUGCAGAGGAAGGCAGAGGAGCUGCAGAGGGAGGUGCUGUCCUCCCACUCGCUCUCCUCCUCCUCAGAGCACAACUCCUCGCCCUCGCACGGGGGCCCCUCACCCCUGCACACCACCGCCUGAGAGACAGCCCAGCACACACACACCACACACACACACACAUACACACACACACACACAACGCACACAAGCUCAUCUAACAGAUACAGAUUUAAAGUGUUACAAAUGUAUGCACACACACACACACACAUAUGCACUUACCCACACACAUACUGGCAAACACAAUGUGCACAAUCACUCCCUCUUUUGUCACUCUCUCACACAAAACAUAUGAAAUAUGCACUCAGAGAGAUGGGGGGCGGGGAGUAUAGACUUACUGAGCAAACAGGACAGUGCCUACCAUUAGACACUUUUGCCAUCUCAGUUUGAAAUGUGAAUCAAUAGACUCUGUUACUAUAAGCUGGUUUUUGGUGUUACAUUUUAGAUUUUCACAUGAAUUGAAGAAAGUGCAGUCAUGUAUGUUAGCUUAUAAUGUAUCGAUAAUAUACUUGGGUUUGAUAGUUUAUAUGUAAAUAUUGAACCAGUCAAAUUAAUAUAUUUGUACAUCAGCCAUAGUAAACAAUCUAUUGAUGAGUUUUAGUGGCACCAGAAGCUAAUUUUUACUCUACUGUUGGCCAGUAUCUUCAGAGUCAGUGUAGUCAGUCUUGUCUUGUGUCCCCAUGCACUUGUGAGUUGUUCCAGGACACGUGUCCCUUCUUUUGUGUUUCUGUCACCUGCCUAAAACAUAGACAGUGUUUUGAUACUUUGUCAGUAUUUUAUUGCACCUUAUAGGGUCAUUUUGUUUCAAUCUUAAUGCAUAGUAAGCCAAUGUGAAAAUGCCAAAUCCCUUUUGUAUAAUGUAAGCCCUUUCAUUUUUGAUUACUUCUCAAAGGAAAUAUGUUAAAAUGUUGUUUUCUUUAAGCUUCUUUGGAUUUCAUUUAGUAUUUUAUUACUUUGAUAUAUUUUUACUACUGGCUGAUUGUGACUUUGAGUCAUUUCAGACACUUCAUCUCCAGCUUACCAUAUCACUGAGACUGCUGAGCAUAACUUAAACAAACUAACUGAGGGAAGAUUCCACAGUACUUUCUGAAUAGACCCAAGUGUACCACAAUGAAGAUGAAUGAGUAAGAAUCUGUGUGACGUUUAAAGCCCCCCAAUGCAGUUUUGGCCAUUUCUUCGCUGUUUUCUCGCAGGUUUCCAUGACGAAUGUCUGAGAAACUCCAUUGCUACCUUGUUCUAGCCGGUGCCUGGUGUGUAAUGUGUGUAGUGCAGUAAAGCAAUUUGUUACAUUGCGAGACCGCAAGACUUUCUGUCUCUGAGGCCGCCGGCCCAAAGUUGCAAGGCUGGUUUUCCAGCUCACAAACGCUAGGGGGAAGCGAGACGGCCACCAUUCACCCUAGAAAAAGACAACCAUUCCAAUGACUCCGAAGUUAAGGUAUAUUAAGCUAAAAAACCCCUGCAUAGUUCCCCUUAAAGGUGUAACAGUUCUGAGUCUCAGUGGUUAAAUUGACCAUGUAUGCUUCCCAUUCACGCACUAGCAUGGGUUCUUAUAAAUGAGACACAAAGAGGGCUUUUACGUUGCCUUCAGAGACUGAAAUUGUGACCCACUUUUCCGAUCACAUGUACACAGAAUUUCACAGACUUUUUAUUUUUAGCCAUGAUCAUCAUGUUUCCUUUUCUUGUGAGCUUUUAUAGAUGACCCAUUGUCUGAACAUGUAUUUUAUGGUAUUGCUUUGCAUUCCUUGUGUCGUCUUUGAUUUAGUGUCAUUAUGAUGGCAUAGAUUUCUGUUUGGCGUUUAUCAACAAGAGACAAAGAAACUUCUGACAUUCCAGCAGAAAAAAAGUUAAUAAAAACACAUGACGAAG